CCAAAUUUACCCCAGUUCAAAUCCUCUCCUCAAUAGUCCACUGCACUCUGACAGCAGCGUAUAUAAAUUGAAUAUCACAUCCAGAGGCGGAGACUCGAGCUGCUCGAACUUCUGAAUUUCUGAACUCACCCAUUCGUUUGCGCUGCUAGAACGAAAGAAUUUGCAUAUCUAUGUCAAGGGAAUUCAAAAAGCUAAAAGGAAAAAAAUUUUAUUCCAAAUAAAAAAUUGGGUAAUGGAAAGUGGAGGGAACUCCCUUCCAUCAGGGUCAGAUGGUGUGAAGAGAAAGGUUUCAUAUUUCUAUGAUCCAGAGGUUGGAAACUAUUAUUAUGGGCAGGGUCACCCUAUGAAACCACAUAGGAUUCGAAUGACACAUGCUCUUUUAGCCCACUAUGGAUUGCUUCAACACAUGCAGGUCCUGAAGCCUACUGCUGCUAAAGACAGGGACCUCUGCAAGUUCCAUGCUGAUGAUUACGUGGCCUUUUUGAGAGGCAUCACCCCUGAAACACAGCAAGAUCAAUUGAGACAGCUAAAGAGGUUUAAUGUUGGUGAAGACUGCCCUGUAUUUGAUGGACUUUACUCUUUCUGCCAGACAUAUGCAGGAGGUUCUGUUGGUGGUGCUCUAAAAUUGAACCAUGGAGUAUGCGAUAUUGCAGUAAAUUGGGCUGGUGGUCUACAUCAUGCGAAGAAGUGUGAGGCUUCUGGGUUUUGCUACGUUAAUGACAUUGUGCUGGCUAUUUUGGAACUUCUCAAAAUACACGAGCGUGUUCUAUAUGUGGACAUUGAUAUCCACCAUGGUGAUGGUGUAGAGGAGGCCUUUUACACCACUGAUAGGGUCAUGACUGUUUCAUUUCAUAAGUUUGGGGAUUACUUUCCUGGAACAGGUGAUAUUCGUGAUAUUGGAUAUGGUAAAGGGAAAUAUUAUUCACUAAAUGUUCCCUUGGAUGAUGGAAUUGAUGAUGAGAGCUAUCAGUCCUUGUUUAAGCCAAUAAUGGGAAAGGUUAUGGAGAUUUUUAGGCCUGGUGCCGUUGUAUUACAAUGUGGUGCCGACUCUUUAUCUGGGGACAGAUUAGGUUGUUUCAAUCUUUCCAUAAAAGGUCAUGCUGAGUGUGUCAAAUAUAUGAGAUCUUUUAAUGUUCCCCUUCUAUUGCUUGGGGGAGGUGGCUAUACAAUAAGAAAUGUGGCACGUUGUUGGUGUUACGAGACUGGCGUUGCUCUUGGGAUUGAACUAGAUGAUAAGAUGCCUCAACAUGAGUAUUAUGAAUAUUUUGGUCCUGACUAUACUCUUCAUGUUGCUCCAAGUAACAUGGAAAACAAGAACUCCCGACAUUUAUUGGAUGAAAUAAGAGCAAAACUUCUCGAUAAUUUAUCUAGGCUUCAACAUGCACCAAGUGUUCCAUUCCAGGAGCGACCACCUGAUGCUGAGCUUCAAGAGAGAGAUGAAGUUCAAGAUAAUAGAGAUGAAAGAUGGGACCCUGAUUCUGACAAGGAGGUUGAUGAUGAUAGCAAUCCUGUUCGCAGAAGGGUGAAAAGUGAAUGUGUUGAAGCUGAGCAUAAAGAUGCAGCGUCAGGGGUGGACUCAAUGGCGGUGGAUGAACCAGCCAUCAAAGAAGAGCAGGAUAAUUUAAAAGAGCUUUCUGAUCACAGGUCAAUAUGAGGCAAUAAUAAACAUUGGUCAACCUUCUCCCUGUCUAGUGUAUGUUGACCUGUAAAUUAUAGUUUCCUCUUACCGCAGUCUGGCAUUCAUUCAUCUGACGUUUGUAGUGUUUCAAAAUUUUGCUUUAUCUGGAAACUGAAGUGAUAUAUAGUGCAAGCUUCCCUUGGCUUUUGAUGUUAUUAUUACUGCAAGAUAAAGCUUUGUUGCCACUAACAUUUGUAAUUUUACUUUUACUGUAUAUUUUACUACGGCAGGAGCCUUUUCAAAACA